UCCCGGGCGGCCGCGGCGGGCCCGGGCCCGGGUCUCGGCCUCCGCUGCCGGGGGAGGUGCUCGCGGCGCCGGGGCCUGCGAGACUGAUGGAGCAGAGCUACUGAGCAGAAGCAGGCAUCCUUAGUUGUCGCCAGGUUUGCCUUUGGAUUGGACAAGUUGCACUUGAGGCUUCCUGCCUGCGGUGAAGUGGACGGAUACGUGCUGCUCACGGAAUAACAGCCAUGGGCUUCCUGGUGACCUUCCACCUUUCCUACAAAGUCCGAUUACUGUUGCUUUUUCUCUUAUGCCUGACAGUGGUUGGGUGGGCCACCAGCAACUACUUUGUGGGUGCUAUUCAAGAGAUCCCUAAAGCACAGGAUUUCAUGGCUAAUUUCAACAAGGUCCUCGUUUGGGGGAAGGAGAAAACUAUGAUUAAUGAAGAAUCCAGGAAAGAAGCAGACCUGGACAGCUGCCCUUCUGUGUCUCCGUACCUCAGGGGCCAGAACAAGCUCAUCUUCAAACCAGAUCUCACCCUGGAAGAAGUGGCGGCGAAAAAUCCCCAAGUGCACAGAGGUCGCUAUCACCCUGAGGAAUGUAAGGCUUUGCAGCGGGUCGCCAUCCUCAUUCCUCACCGGAACAGAGAGAGACACCUGAUGUACCUGCUAGAGCACCUUCACCCCUUCUUGCAGAGGCAGCAGCUGGACUAUGGCAUCUACAUCAUCCAUCAGGCUGGAACUAAGAAGUUCAAUCGAGCCAAACUCUUGAAUGUGGGCUAUCUAGAAGCUCUCAAGGAUGAAAACUGGGACUGCUUUAUAUUCCACGAUGUGGACCUGGUGCCCGAGAACGACUUGAACCUCUAUAAGUGUGAGGAGCAGCCCAAGCAUCUGGUGGUUGGCAGGAACAGCACCGGGUACAGGUUACGAUACAGCGGAUAUUUUGGGGGUGUCACUGCCCUCAGCAGAGAGCAAUUUUUCAAGGUGAAUGGAUUCUCUAACAACUACUGGGGAUGGGGAGGCGAAGACGAUGACCUCAGACUCAGGGUUGAACUUCAUAGAAUGAAAAUAAUCCGGCCAAUGCCUGAAGUGGGUAAAUACACAAUGAUUUUCCACACCAGAGACCGAGGCAAUGAGGUGAAUAUAGAACGGAUGAAGCUCUUACAUCAGGUGUCACGAGUCUGGAGAACAGAUGGGUUGACUAGCUGUAUCUAUAAAUUACUCUCUGUGGAUUAUAAUCCUUUGUAUACCAACAUCACAGUGGAUUUCUGGUCUGGUGCAUGACCCUGGAUCUUCUGGUGACAUUUCGGAAGAACUGAAUAUUUUACCGCAAUAACUUUGGACUAGAGACUUUCCCUUGUAGUACACAUUAAGAACUGGUUGCAGCUAAUUACGGAUCUGGAUUUCUCCUUUUUGUAUUUUGUUAGCAGAGCCCCAAGUAAUACAGAAUGUAAAACAGUUGUAGGAAGACCACUUUCUUGGUCGUUCUGCUCCUGAGGGUUGUUAUUAAAGACUGUGGUACGCAUACUCGAGGGGCUGAGUAUGAAAGGACUACUCCAGGGAUAACAUGAAGGCUACGUGAAAAAUGUGGAUUGAAGGAGAUUUAAGUUUGAAGUGAUACACGAUGGGAUAAGACAGCCCAUGGGAAAUAGAACUGCUCAGUGUCCCAGAAAACUGCGGUUGUUCUCGUCUGAGGGAGAACGGUACAAUGAAGUCUGUUACUUGUUUGUCCUGCAUGGUCAUCUGUGAAGAGGUGGGUCCCGGGUGAGAAGAAGGCCACGGAGGAGAGAAGAAAGGUGAAGAAUCAGGAUGCAGUGAACUUGGACAAACCUGGCCUCAGGGAGGCCCGUGUGGGCUGUGACCGCCGCUGCUGCUCUGUGGCCCGUGUCACCUGCCCAGACGUGCCUUCCAGCAACAGCCCACAGGGAACACGUUAUCCUCUAGUUUUUGAUGUAUUUUUGUACAAUGAUUUUCUACAUGCAGGAUCUGCAUCAGCAGUUUACAAAUGACCUAUUAGCUAGUGAUAUAUCGAAAGUACCUCUGUAGUAAAAUGUGAAAAA